CAGAGCAGAGGUAGACCGAGAGGCUCAGUACUCAGUAGUGGUAAAGCUACAUUGGCAGCGGCAAGUAUGAGAGGAGAUAAGUUUACAGGGUGAGCUAGGCUGGUUGGCAGCCGCUGUCGCAUUUUUGGAUAAACAACGCAAACCGCUGGACGUCGAGAGGUCGUGGGACAGUUUGUGUGUACUGGUGGACACAGACGGGUUUUGGAUAGAGAGCGGCGGCAGGAGCAGGAGCAGCGCCAGUGUGUGCUUCGGCGGCGGUCCCGCUGCUAGCGAAACAUGAACAAAAACCACCGAGUGCCGAGCAACCGUUCUCUGAGUGCCGUGGAGGUGAAGAGCAAGUUUGGUGCGGAGUUUCGUCGGUUCUCUCUGGAUCGCUCGAAGCCAGGUCGCUUUGAUGAGUUCUACGGCCUGUUGCAGCACGUGCAUCGCAUCCCCAACGUGGAGUUGUUGGUGGGUUACGCCGAUGUGCAUGGCGACCUGCUUCCCAUCAACAAUGAUGACAACUACCACAAAGCCAUCUCCACUGCCAGCCCUCUACUCAGGCUGUUCCUGCAGAGGAAAGAGGAAGCUGAUUACACAACAUUUGGUACCGACUCCCUGACCAGGAAGAGAAACCCAGUGCUUUCGGCGGUUCUUCUGCGGCCUGACACCAACAGGAAAAAGCCGCCGGUGAUCAUCAGCCUCCCCAGGGACUUCCGCCCCGUCUCCUCCAUCAUCGAUGUGGACAUUCUCCCUGAGACGCACCGCCGUGUUCGCCUGUACAAGCACGGCCAGGAAAAACCGUUGGGCUUCUACAUCCGCGAUGGCUCCAGCGUACGGGUCACUCCACAGGGCCUGGAGAAGGUCCCGGGCAUAUUCAUCUCCCGCAUGGUGCCCGGCGGGCUGGCGGAGAGCACCGGCCUGCUGGCGGUAAAUGACGAGGUGCUGGAGGUGAACGGUAUCGAGGUGGCUGGAAAGUCUUUGGACCAGGUGACGGACAUGAUGAUCGCCAACAGCCACAACCUCAUCAUCACCGUCAAGCCUGCCAACCAGCGGAACAAUGUUGUUCGCAGUGGAGGAGGAGGCGCGGCGUCCGGUAGCUCGGGACGCUCGUCGGACAGCGGCGCCAGCUACUAUGGCUACUCAUCGCAGGGUGGGGUCAGCGCCGCCGCCUCCAUGCCGUCGCACAUCAUCCAGAACUUCCCCGCCGGAGAGCUGGAGAGCGACGAGGACGACGAGGACCUGGUGAUCGAGGUGGGGGGCGAGGCUGAGCCCAUCAGACGGGCCCCCUCCAACUACAGCAUGCCCUCGCUGCCUCGCUAUGAGCCGCACCUCAACCUCCGCACCGCCGCCACCUCCACCUCCGCUCUCUCCAUCCAUGCCAACGGGACCCUGCCAGCCAGCGGCAGCAGCGGAUCGCUGACCAACGCCAAUGCCACCUCGACCACGCCGUCGCCAGACAGAGCAAUGGAGAGGCGGAGUCUGGAGGAGGAUGGCACCGUUAUAACUCUGUAGACUGGGCAUUCACACACUAAACACUGGAAACCAGAGAGAGACAAAUACUACUACACACACUGGUGGGAGUCGUGGGUCAGAAAAGCAAACACAGGAACGUCCUGUGCCAUCACACAGCGACUGUACCUGAGAAGCACAAAGAAAUGUGUACAUAUUUGAUCUCAACACGACACCUAAAUGUUUGCACAUCCUAACAUUUACACGUCAAACACUGCACCCCGUACUUUGCUCCUCUACAUGCCAAUGACCACGCAUGUGUGCCAUAGUGGUAACCCCCCUCCCCCUGCUGCAGGCACAAAAAUGUCAGAUGAAGAAGUGUAGAAAAAGUAUAAUUUGGUGCCCCCCUACCCUCCACUUUAUUUUCUAAAUCACUAGAAGCACUUGUUUUUACCCCAAAAACUGCUGAGCUUCCACUUUAGGGCACAUAUGAGACACCUCAUCCUCACUGUUAUUUCAUUCUACCCCACAUUACACACACUGAAGCAGGAAUUUAGCUCAAGCUUUUAUUGACAAUCUGUGUUUUGGUGUUUGUUUUUUUCGCCUCGUCACCCAACACUCCACCUCCUGCACCACACUAUGACCACCCUCCCUCCCCCCCGGUGACCACAGCAUGCGAUCGGUACACAGUUGCGGUACUUUCCACACAACGCGGUGCCACAACAAUCGACCAAGUGCUGAGAUCUGCAAUAAUACUGUCGUUUUUAUUGAGGAGAAACCGCCUAAAAAACAAGUCUGGGUUCUUUGUGUUGGCUCAGAUGCUUUUAACCACUGUUGUUAGCUGUUUUUGCCUCUCUUUACCUGCUGUGUUGAUGACUGAUAAUGAAAGGCUGAUUAUUUUGAUAAUUCAUGGGAGCAGCUUGUGUUUUAUAUUCUUUUAAUAUUUAGUUUCUUUUGCAACACUUCUUAUCUCACAAACGACUGUAUAACCAGUUUCCAUCUGAUCAACUGGAAAGUGUGAGUCACUCCAGAAAACUGCUCCUACCUGGGAAUGAGACAUCUUCGAAUUAAUUUCCCUCCUGUACUUCCUUCAUAUUGCACUCCCUCUCCUUUCUACGACAAGGGCUAUUUCCCCUGCUGCAUGUGUACAAAUGACAAAAUGUGAAUGUGAUUUAAUUUCUUUGUUUGUUUGUUUUCUUCCUCUCCCAUUCUUUCUGGACCAUGACUCAAUAUAUCUAAUCUCAGUACUGUACAGUAUCAUCAUCUCUGUUUUCUAGCCAGGCUCUGAGUUCACUUGGAUGUGUCCUGAGACAUUCACAGAUGAAAAGUGUUCUCUCCAGUAUUUCUGUCCCAUUUUCUUUCUGUUUGUAUCUUCAUUCUCACUAAAUCCAAUUAAUGCCACAGAAUAACUACUUAAAUGGGCCUAAAUGGCAGAUCAAUAGCUGGACUUUACCAUUAUUAGCAAAUAUAACGUGAGAUGUGGGUUGAGAGGAUACAUACAGUGACAACGUUGUGUUUUAUAAUAAGCCCUGGUCAUAUUUACACAAACACACAUGCAGGUACAAACACUUUCUGUAUUUGAUAAAGGUGAGGCAGCUCUGUCUUAUGUACAGUCUGCCUCAGCUCGGAUCUGUAUGUGCUAUUUUCACUGAAGCUGUUUGCUUUCCUUGAAAAACCCCUAAUGAAGCUGCAAUGAACUUCCUUGCAGCAAAAACUUGAUUGACAGAUUAGGUCAUUAAGUCCCCCUCCAGUCUAAAAUAAGUUUUACUUCUUGUUCCUACAGUGUGCAGUCUAAAUGCUGUCCGUGCAG